UGAAGUCUUCGGCGAUUUUGGUCCCCCUGACCUCGUUAGAAGUAGCCAGACCCUCGUUCAUCGACGGUACCCGCGGGAACAGCCCGGUAUCAAUCCCGUCACGUGCCUUCGCGAGAGCGUUUGCACAGCUUCAACUACCCCACAACACGGGCCGUCGCUAUUAGAAUCUUCUCAGCACUACUUGUCCUCUCGCCGUUGUAUUCUCGCAAGAUUCUGUUUACCGGCAUACCUUACACGCGCACAUCCUUACACAAUGGAGCAGCAGGGAAACAUGAAGGACGGCGUCACUGACUCCGCAAACGCGACCAUCGUCAACGACCCCCGCACGCCUGGCCCUGUCCGCAAUCGCAGCUUCAGCGAGGCUUCGACCGUCAUCUCGUCCGACGCCGUUCCCAGCAUCAAGACUCUCUCCCUCGGCGACGACAGCUCGACCACUAACGCUACCACCGCUCUCACAGCGGACGAGGCCACCAUCGCCGCCAACUUCGCGCCCACAAAGGCAGACAAGCCCAAGCUCCCCCUCAUGCGCGCCGCUCUCAUCGCCAAAGCCCAAGCCGCCAAGAACGGCGCAGUCUUCGCCGCCCCCUCCGCCACCGCGAAGCACUCCGCCCGCCUCAAGACCUCCAACUACAAGCCCAUCCUCGCCGCGGGCAAGGGCUCGCCCUCGCUAUCCCGCCUCAAGCAGGCGCGCAAGGAGGCUGGGCAGAAGAAAGCCAACGCGCAGGAAGAGGCCGCAGCGCGAGAGAAGCAGAGCCAGAACCGCCCGUUCUUGGAGAACACGACUAAAGGGCUGCUGCAGGAGCUUCCUGAUGAGGCGGUUGAGAGGCUCCCGAAUGAAUUCUACGAGUUGAGCUCGAAGGAGAAGCUGAGAGUGCUGAUUGAGGCGCAUGUGAAGUAUGGGAAGGAGGGUUUGGGUGAUAUGGCUGGGGAGAUUGUAGGGAAGGUGAAGGGGGAGGAGAGUGGUUGUAUUCUUGGGGCAAGAUAUGAUCACAAUUUGCGAAUAAGACGUCGCGCUGAUUGUUGGUAGGAGAUUGAACAGCUCGAGGAUUUGCAGGAACUGGAGAGGUCCGUCGAGGCCUCGGAGGAGCACGAGGUCGUAUUGCUGGCAAGGUCGAGCAUCUCUCCGAGUAGUUCUGAGCCGCUGACGCUGCUACUGACGGGGAGGAGGUGAAGCUAAGGGUUGGAGGCUAUGGAGAUCACGGCGAAGUUUAACUAGGUUUGGGUCAGACGUAGCGUAACAUCUUAUCCAUGUUCACGCACAUACCUGAAUCAAGCUCUUGGUAUCAUUUAAUGUCCAUGGAAUGUCUAUAGAGCACGACUAGUCGUUGGUUUGGGUUGUUCACUCUCACGAAUGUCUUCUGAUGUCGCGAUGGAGUAGGGGAACGCACUAGCG